AUGACGGAUGAGCAUUUGGGUGGCGGCGACGUUCAACCUGAUAGGGACGAUGGCGACGCUGGUGUGUCUGGGGAUAACGGCGUCGUCGUGCAAGAAGACAGCGUCGAUCAUGCAGGAGAUCCUGGACAGACAGAAGGCCCGCCAACAGCAGAGCCAGCCACAGUACCAGCAGGCGCCGACUCCCCCGCUGUACCAGACGAGCCAAUGGAUGAGUCAGAGCUACUAGCAGAGCUCGCGUCUGAUAAGAUUACCAUGCCGAUGAUGGUUAUCACUAUGGGAGGAAGGUUCUUCGACUGCAAGGACGCUGAGCUCACUGUCACGAUGAAGGUAAACGACGAGACGAUGGAAGGAUGCUAUGUCUUGAUUGGAGAUACUGUUCAGGAGGGGGAGGAUGGAAUAAAGUUAAUGGGGUUGGUGUUCAAGCGCAAGGACGUGCCGGCAGAGUGA